AUGUUCACCCCACGCCCCCUCCUCCGCUCCCUCCCCCGCGGCCUCCGCCUUACCCCCCUCCCACGCACGCUCACCACCGCGCCCCGCCGUCCCCCCACACCCCACACCUACACACACCCCACCCCCGCCUCCAUCCGCUCCGACCUCGCCGCGCACAAGCGUCGCCAAACCACGCUCAUCGUCUGCGCAGCACUGUCCAUGUCCGCACUCUGGUUCCUCGCCACCUCCAUCGACAUCGACCUCGCGCACAAGACCGAGUCCCCCCCCGGCACCACCCCGGCCAUCAAGCCCGGCACCCCCGUGAUCCUGCACAGCGCCGCCGAGAAGGCUGCCGGCGUGGAGCUGGUCCCCAGCGGCACGACCAGCGUCCCGGCCUUCCCAAAGACGCUGAGACUGGGGGGGACGGAGUAUGCGCUUGUCGGCUUGGGGAUCAGGACGGUCAGCUUUCUGGGCAUCGAGGUGUAUGUCGUUGGCGUGUAUGUGGCGGCCGGUGAUCUGGCGACGGUGCAGGCGGCGCUGGCGCGGCGCGUGGGCGAGGGGGUGACGGCGGCGACGGAGGGAGAGAGGGAUGUGUUGAGGGGGGAGUUGGCGGUGGAGGGGGAGGCGUUCUGGCAGGGGUUGUUGGUGGGCGCCGAGGGGGCGCCGGGGGUCAGGUCGGUGUUGAGGAUUGUGCCGACUAGGAAUACCGACUACCAGCACCUCCGCGACGGCUGGAUCCGCGGCAUCCAGUCCCGCACCAGCAAGAACGCCGCCUACGACGACGAAGCCUUCUCGCACGCGCUCACGUCGUUCAAGCAGGCAUUCGGGCAGAAGAAGUCCGUGCCCAAGCAAAAGACGCUCCUCCUCGUGCGCGACGCCCACGGCGGCCUCGAGUGUCUCUUCGACCCCACGGGACGCAACGACGGGCGCGUCGGCGGCGACGCCGACAAGGACGCCGUUGUGGUGCUGGGGAGCGUCGCGGAUGGCAGGCUGUCGACGGCGCUGUGGAUGUGCUAUGUGGGCGCGGGGAAGGUGGCGAGUGAGCCUGCUAGGAAGAGCGUGGUGGAGGGGUUGCUGGCGCUUGUGGAGAGGCCGGUGGGGACUGUGGGGGGUGGGAUGGCGUAG